AUGAGGAACAAAUUCAUUAACAAUUUUAAAUUAGAAAUCAGAUUAUACUUGUUAGCUUCAAAAACAUCAUAUACUGUGAUUGAUACAAUGCAUAAUAUUAGAUUUUCUUCCUGCUAUCAGACAGUUCUUAAUUAUAUGAAUAAACUUGCUAAUAAUUAUCUUGAAAAAAUUAGAGAAUAUUUCUCUAAACAG